AUGAAGCCUAAACUGAAGUAUUCAACCACCAGAAUUUCCCCACCAAAGCUGAACAGCCCAGCAGAAUCCCAACAGGAGGCCAAAGAAGUUUGCCACGUGUACUUUAUGAAGCUACGCUCAGGCCUUACCAUACAAAAGAAGGCCUGUUACGUCAGGGAAAAAACCACCAAAAGGUCUUCACUAAAAACAGGUGGAAAUCACAAAGAACAUCUGGUACUUGAUGCCCUUCGACAGCAACUUACUGGGGAGUCCUGUGCUUUAGUAAUUCCUAAAGCUAGGAGAUGUACGACAGCAUUUGAUGUUCCCAGUUUCAAAGAAUCUGCUGCUUCCCUGAGCACAUACAACGAUCAGUCCAUUACUUUUGUUUUGGGAAAUGAAGGUUAUGAGAUACAUGUUGAUGACUUGGGAAAAGACCAUGAGAAAGAAAAGGUGUUACUGCGUUACUACGAGUCUCAAUACCCUUCAAGUGAAUCAGGUGAUGGUGUUGAUGGUUUUAAGUUAAUGGUAAACCUGAGUCCUACAAAAGACAUCUGGCUGCAGGCUAACAAUGAGGAGCACUCUGUGGAGCUCCAAAAGUACGAAAAACGGUUGCCAGACCAGGCCUUCUUUGUCCUUCAUAAGAAGCCCAUGAAAUGUGUUUCAUUUGAAUGUAAGAGCAAUCCUGGAACAUUUAUAGGUGUAAAGGAUAAUCAGCUUGCUCUAAUUAAAGUAGACUAUCCUGAGAAUUUGUGUAGUGAGAAUAUCAUGUUUAAGCUCUCUGAAACAAUGUGAUGGAAAGCUGUGGGUCCUGGGCCGAGUAGCCCAAAUGCUAUCACUGGAGAAGGAAUGAGAGAGAAAGAAAAAGACAGGCAAUAUCUAAGGGAAACAGAGAGCAGUUGGCUUGCUGUGGAAUAUUUUCCUUAUGUGUAAAGAUAUUUUUUCUAAUCCUUCAGUUCUGUUUUUUAUUCCCC